AUGGCUGUUGAUAAUGCCUCAUCUAAUGACUCUAUGAUUACCUACUUGAGAAGGAAGAUUAAGGGGUGGAAAGGCGUUGUUUUUGGUGAGGAAUUUCUGCUUGUUAGAUGUUAUGCCCAUAUAAUGAACUUGAUUGUCAAUGAAGGUUUUAAAGACCUGCAUCAUUCCAUUGCUGCCAUUCGUAAUGCCGUGAGGUAUGUGAGGUUUUCUCCGGCUAGGUUGUUGAAAUUCAAGUCACGUGUGGAGCGGGAGAAAAUUGAAUACAAAGGUCUCUUAGUCCUAGAUGUCCCCACUAGAUGGAACUCCACUUGUAUGAUGUUAGAUGCAUCCAUUAAGUUUCAAAAAGCUUUCAAGAGGUAUGAAGAGGAAGAUGAAAAUGGGACUUUGGAUGUCACUUCAAAUUCUUACUUUCUUGAGCUUUAUGAGAUGCAAAACCAGCUCUUGCAAUUUAGCAAACAAGAAGAUUCAAUCAUCUCGUCCAUGGCUACUUCUGAAACAUUAUCAAAGAAGGUGAAGGAUACUUUGUACCGGCUAUUUGACUUUUAUAGUGGGGACAAUGCUAAAUUUGUGGCUAAUGAUAGUGGCGGGGCAGCAGCAUCAGCUAGUACAAAGGAGGUAAAAAUUGAUGAACAAGGAAAAUGGUGUUUGUGGAGCUCCUUUGUUAAAAAAAAUGAAGUAGAAGAAUGUGACAAAAAUGAGGUGGACAGAUACUUGACAGACCCUAUAGAGGACCCAACUUUGCCAAACUUUACUCUUUUAGAUUGGUGGAAGAAUAAUGCAACCAAGUACAAGGCUCUCUCACUGGUUGCAAGAGACAUUUUUGCCAGUCCUAUUUCAACACUGCGUAGUCGUGAGCACAUCAACAUUAGUGACUACACGGAAGAGGUUAAUGAAUAUGAAGAAAUUGAGUCAGGUUUGGCAACUUCUGCUCCAACACAUGAAGGACAAGUUGGAAAUGGAGGUGCCAAUGCUAUCAUUCUUGAGUGA